AUGCGUGCGAGUCCCGGGUCAGGACCCAUCAUCCCGAAAGUGAAGCGUGAGCCUGAGAUCCUCGGGCUGGUCGGCGACCCCAGCUUGAAUCGCGACAGUGGAGGGUCUGUCCGUUUCGGUGAUCGUGUACUAUGGACGUACCGUGACACACAACUCUGCAACCACAACGGGAGUGUCAACAUGCUUCCCAUCAUCACCAGUACCGCUUCUUGGUCGGACUACGACGUCAAUGGGGGGCCCAAACUCGAGCCUGUGGCACAGUCCAACCGCAUGAAGUCGGUGGUCCUCAGACAGUAUGGCAAAAACAGCCACAGCGAGAGCUUCUUCCCAUCUCCCGGUCGCCAUCUCUGUGCAUCCCCAGCCGGAAACCGUGACGAUGGCACCAGAAUCGCUCUCUGGCCAAACCAACCUCCUCUCGUCACCUCCGAGACCAGCGACGGCAACAUCACCGCAUACACAUGGGUCCCACAAUGCCACAUCAACAGCAACUUGGGCGUCGAAACAGAAAACCCCGCCACCAUCCUCUACAAAACCGAACAUCGCCCUUCCCGUCUCCACAGCCGCGACUCCCUCCCCAAAACCACCGUCGUGCACGAACACUUUUGGAAACAAGGCGAAAUCGCCUACGGCGCCUACGGCACUCUCCUGCACAACAACUACAUCUAUCUCUGGGGCCAAUGGGACCACAAAACCUCUCUCGCCCGCGUCCCUCCCAGCCACGUCGAGAACCGCGACGCCUACGAGUAUUGGGUACAUGGACAAUGGACGAGAUCAAUGCCUCGUCUGGGCUCCUCGGAGGGAAUCGAAAUCCCUCACGCGAAUGCUGGUGGUCAAGGCACGUAUUAUUUCAGUCACCAUUGGAAUUCGUUUGUCUGGAUUGGAGGGGAUAUUUUCCCGGGCGCUGAAACUUAUAUUUGUACGGCGCCCGAACCUCAGGGUCCUUGGACGCAGGCUGUGCAGUUUUAUAAAGGUCCGAUUGGAAAUCAUGCUUUGGGUGCAUAUUCCAUCCAAGCUCAUCCUGCUCUCGUGUCUCCGAAUUCGACCAAGAAUGAAAUGUACAUCACGUAUACGAAGAAUGAUGAGGCUGAACAUGGUGAUAUUGCGGGAUAUACGACUCCGUUGGUGUAUGUUGAGUUUGAGUAA